AUAUGAAACCUAAACACAAUAGAAACCGAAGGAGAAAAAAGAUUCGGCCUCUAAGGCUCUAACCAAACCAGUCAAUCCAAAUUAUGGCUAUUACGAGGAUAUUUUCUGGUUCUUUUCUUGUUCUUUUCCUCCUGGCAAUCACCCGUAUCUCUGUUGUGGAAAUGACAGCGGUAAUCCAGAGGAGUACUGUUGUCGAAAGCAUGUCGCUGGAAGGAAAAGAAGCAUGUAACCCUAACGACUUGUACACAGACGUUCUCUGGGCUCCAACAUCUGAUUGCACCGUUUAUUGUACAAACUGGUGUAGAGAUGCAUGUGUUUCCAAGUUCGGUAGCACAAUGGUCAAUAAUAAAUGCACGGUAGCUAACAACAGUGUGCAUUGCGACUGUUGCUGCAAAAACAAUUUGCCACCACCACCCCCUCCAUCACCACCUCCACCAUCACCGUCGCCACCCCCUCCAUCACCACCUCCACCACCCCCUCCAUCGCCACCUCCACCAUCACCGUCGCCACCCCCUCCAUCACCACCUCCACCAUCACCGUCACCGCCCCCUCCGUCGCCACCCCCUCCUUCACCACCUCCACCAUCACCAUCACCACCACCUCCAUGUCCAUCCCCAGAACCAUGCUCUAGCUGCGGAUGUUGCAACACGGACAUCAAUAUUCAGAUCUCUGUAAAACAAGGCGGCAAUGUCAAACUAUGAACACCGUCAUCAUCGUCUGUUGCUGAUCAUAGCCUCUGAUAUCCAUUACUAUGUCUGCACUGUGUACUUGAUCAGAAUACUACUGGUCACACGUUUAUCUCUUUGCUAGCUAGCUACAACAAUAAGAUGAAGAAAAGUAUCAAUUAGACUCUAAAUAUGUAGCAACUACAGUAUUAAGUAAUUUUAGUUAAUUUGGAGUUUGAAACUCUGAAAAAAUUAA